AUGCAGCCUGGUGUUGAAAAAGCCGUAAAUUCGCAAUCGUCGAAAAUUCCUUUUUCUGCCAGCCCAAUCGUCGGGGUACAUGUACGUCGAGAUGACAAGCUAUUGAAGGAAGCGAAAUUUCAUACGGUAGAGGAAUACAUGACAUGGGCAGACAUCUACUUUCAGAUUCAAGAUCGACUCUUAAAGACCAAUGUCACGCGUCGUGUGUACGUAGCGUCCGACGACUCAAGGGUCCUGCCUCAAAUCAAGAAAAUGUACCCAAACUAUGAGGUAUACGGCAAUGUCCACUUCGCCGAAGCCGCCAAGAGUCGUUACAAUGAGCGAUCGCUCAGCGGACUUCUGAGUGAUGUGAUGAUGCUCAGCAAAUGCGACUACCUCGUUUGCACGUUCUCUAGCCACUUAAUGCCGUUUUGGGCGUACGAGCUUCAUUGCAAGUCAGACGUGGAAUGCUGCCAGAAGAAAAUCUACAUUUUUGCUGAAGACUACUAUCUUCGGCAUGGACGAUACGUUAAGCCCUAUCACGACUACUAUUAUCCAACAGUCAUGUUAGGCUGGCAACCCUUCAACCGCCACAUAUUUGACCCGUCGAUUUCCCAAGUAAUAUCCGAGAACGAUCACAUCGCUAUCGAAAGUCACUCCGCACAGGAUGAUACUGAAAUUAGCCUACGAGUAGGAGAUUUGAUUAGUGUGCGAAAGAAUCAACAUGAUGGAUAUGCGGUGGGAUUCAAUAAGAGAUCGGGGAAGAGAGGAAUAUUCCCUCUCUAUAAG